AUGCCCAAAGUCCUCAUCACCGGCGCCAACGGCUACAUCGGCAAUGCCGUAGCCCGCGCCUUCGUCCGAGCCGGAUGGAUCACAUACGGACUCAUCCGAUCCAAGACCACAGCAACAUCCCUCGCCGUGGAAGAAAUCAUCCCCGUAAUCGGCAGCAUCGACGACACCGCUUCACACGAAACCAUCCGCAACGCACUUCCCAAAACACUAGACGCCAUCAUCUCCACCACAGAAAACAUCAACGACUACAUCCCGCACUACACCAACACAGUUCAUCUCCUGCGAACCUUGGCCACAGCUAGUUCUGCGAACGGUGUCCGCCCGAUUGUCAUAUUUUCAUCUGGGUGCAAAGACUACGGCAUAGGACCCCAUUAUGAUGGGGACGUUGCGUUAGCACCUCAUACUGAAGAAAGCCCUCUUAACCCCCCGGGUCUCCUCGCCGAUAGAACAUAUCACUCGUUGAAGUUCCUCGAACACAGGGAUGUUUUCUCCCCUGUUGUCGUCCGACCGACGAACGUAUACGGUAGAUCGGCGAGCUACUACCAAGGAUUCUUCGAGGCUGCAGCCCAGAGUGCUGAUGCGAAGCAACCGUUGUUGAUACCCGUGCCUCCUAGCUCGAUUUAUCAUGCGCUUCAUGUUGACGAUUGUGGAGAUGCCUAUGUUACUAUUGCGGAGCAUCCGCGUCGAGAGGAGGUAGAGGGGGAGAUCUUUAAUAUCUCCUCGCGAAGAUACGAGACCGUCGAUGAGAUUGCUAAGAACCUGGUUGCUGAGUUUGGUAUCACUGCUGGAGUGAAGUAUGUUGAUUCUGAGUCGGUGGCGCCGGCUGAGAAUCUGUGGCCUCCGGCUUUGAUUGAUUUCCCGCAGUGGACGGGGUCGGAGAAGUUGAGGGCCGUGACUGGUUGGCGUGAUGUUCGGCCGUUAUUUACUGAGGCGAUUCAUACUUAUCGAUUAGCUUAUGAGGCGGCUGCAGUGGCGGGUCAUGAGAAUAUUCAGAAGAUGAAGGAACGGGUGGAAUUGUUCAAGUCUACGAUGGGACAGUGA